UUUAUGUUUGAAUCAGCCAACGGUUGAAAAUUGUUUACAUUCAGUAGUGUAAUAAAUUAGUUUAGUUUUUUUUUUUUAUUCUUCAAUAAGUACCUAAUGAAUUAAUUAAACUGUAGAUACAGUAAAAAAUAUGGCUCAAUGGACAAAGAUUCUAUCAGAUUUUGAAGCUGACGAAGAAACUUUCAAUUUUGGAGCAAGAAAUUUUGCUGAAACUACUCAAUCAGUUUAUGAAACAUGGACAUUAGCAACUAUUCAAUCUGAAACAGCCGUGAAACGUAAUCCAGAGAUUUCAGCAACUAUCUUUCAUUCAUAUUUCUGCAUAGUAGUUGACAACUAUAUUACAAUCUUUGAUACACAAACAUGUAGUCAAGUGAUGUCAAACAUUGGAUUUGACUCAGCAAUCACAAGCUAUUGUCUAUCUUCCAAUGCUCGGUAUCUUUUUAUUGGAGUUCAUUCAGCUACUCUUUAUUGCUUUGAUCUUCAAGAGGAUGGUCAGCAGUUGCUUAAUGUUGAUUUUAAAAAGGAAUACUAUUGUAAUUCUCUUGUACAAAUAUGUCUAGAAGAAGUAAAUGAUGAUCUUAAUGCUAUUAUAGUAACUUCUGAUGGAAGAAUAUUCAAAAUAGCUCGUCUUAAUUCUUUUUUUGCAGAUAAUAAUAAAGAAAAUAUAACUAAAAAUACUUCUGUGAUUGCAAAGGCUCCAACAAGCAAUCAUGUUUACUAUAAAAAUGACGAUGAACUAGUUAUAGUAGCCCUUGGAAAUGAUUCUAUGUACGUUUAUCCAGAAGAUAUUUCUUUUACUACCACUAAUUUAUCAUGCAAAUACACUAAAAUGCAGUUUUUCAAUGGAUACAGUGGAAUGAUCAGUCUUUCAUCAGAUGGAAAACUCAGCAUUGUUUGUCCUAAUACACUCGCAAUAAAAGAAAUUUGGAAUGGUCCAGUGGCUGAUUUUACAACGUUUAAUGAAAAGUCUGAUAACUUUCAUUUACUUGUACUAAUGGCACCUCCUGAUAAUCAUUCAUUAACCACAUCACUUCACUUAAUGACUUUUCCAGAUUUUAAUAUUAUUUUUACAAUGGAUGUGUCAAUAACUACACGUUUAGUAAAUAUAGUUGGUGACCAUCCAAUGGACUGUAUGGUUGUUCUGGAAGGCAUGAAAAAUUCAAAUGAUAUUAUUGAUCUCAUUCGUAUCAAAGCUAUCGACGAAAGUUUACCAGAGGAUCGUUUACUUCGAUUAUUAAGACAAAAAAGAUUUGCUGAUGCACAAGCAUUUGCUACAAAAUAUUCUUUAAAUACUGAAUAUAUUUAUCAAGCUGAAGUUUCAAAGUUACUUCAACAAUUCAAUUCGAUUAAGGAUAAUCAAAAUGAUAGAAAUCCCGAAGAGUUGACUACAUUCAUUCAAGCCUUACAAAAAAUAACUGACAUAAAAUUUAUUUACCAAUGUUGUAAUAAUGCUGUAACAUUUAAUGAUUAUCAAAGUACAAAAAUUUUAUAUGAUUAUGUUAAGAGGAGAAUUGUUAAACAAAUUGAAGGAGCAAACCAACAAGAAAUGCAAGAAUUAUUAUUUUUCCUCAAAAAUGUUAAUUACACACUGGAAAGAAUAGAAACUUUUGAAAGUAUAAAAUCAACAUUAAGUGAUUAUAAUAGUAGCGAGUGGAAUCAUUUUUCAAAGGCUAAUUUAUUUAAUGAAUGUAUUAGAUAUUUAUCUAUUGGAAAUAUACGCGCAGCUACAUUAAUCUGGACAUAUCAUUCAUCUUCAAUUAUUCCUGAAUUGACAGAAGAUAAAAUUAAAAAAAUUCUUGAUAUAAUACCUCAUAAACUUGCACCUGAUGAUCUUUGGCCUUGGUUUCAAUAUUUUAUUCCUUCAGUUGCAUCUUUUUUACCUAGUGAAAUAGAUGAAAUCAUUUUGUGGGCUUAUAAGAAAAUUAAAACUCUAGAGCAAUCACAUAAAAAUCAAUGGCCGGAAAUUGGAUUAACGUUUAUUAAAAAAUUUAUUGAAUUAUUUUGUUUUGAAGAAUAUAAUAAUAUUCUUCAGAUUAAUCAACAAUACAUCAAUAAAAAAUCCAAAUUUCAUCGACUUAUGUUUCUUCUAGAAGCAGUAACAGAUUUAUUGGAAUUAAAAACGCAAUAUAAAAUUAUUUUACCAUUGAAUGUUUAUCAAAGUGAACCAAUUAAUGUUAUUACAAUUAUAAUUAAUAAAGCGCAUAUUGAUAGGAUUCCUGAUCUCAUGAAAAAUUUUCUACAGCGAUUUAUGGCUAAUCAUUCAUUGUCAAAUGAUGAAGCAUUAUCGAAAUACAUCAAAAAUACUUUGAACACUUCUAAACAAUGGUGGAUAGGUGAUAGAGCUCUCUGGGACAGAAAAUUAAGUGCAAUAAUUGGUUAUAUUAAUAGUAUUCAGAUUCGUUUACAACGGACAUUAGAUAUAUUAAGAAAAGCACCUGUACCUUGGAGUGAUCCGCUAAUAUCACUUGUUGAGCAAUCCUAUGAAUAUAAUAGCCCUCUUGUAGCUCAAGUUCGAUUGGAAAGCACCUUUGUUGCAGUAAAGCUUAUCUUAAAGAAAUAUGGCUUCGCUCAAAUUGGUUUAUGUCCAAAAUUGUAUCAAAAUAUUAUUAAACGGAAUAAUACCAACAUGACUGAUGACCUCAUAGAGCUUACUAAAUCAGAUAACAGGUUGAGACAAAAGGUAUUCUAUGAUUGUAUCAAUUAUUAUUUACAUCGAGGUGAUAUUGAUCAGGUAAUUGCAAUAAUGAAAAAAUUAAAUGAGGAUUUGUUUUUAAACUGUUGCGAGUUUAUAGUGAAGCACAUACAUUUAAAACUCAACACUUCUAAAAUUAUUGAUGAUUCUCUACAACAUUAUUUUAUGGUGCUGGGUACUAUUGAAAGCAAAAUGAAAGAUAUGUUGACUAGAAGUAAUGAAAAUAUUAUUAAAUUUGGUGAUAUUCUAAAAACUAUACCUCUGUUACAAAAAUUAUAUAAUUUACACAAGGAGUUUAAUAUUUUUAUCACUUUUGAAGGCUAUUAUUUAUAUAAAACUGAUAUAUUGGUUGAUUUUAUUGCCAAAUUAAUUAGUAAAGUUGAUGAACAAACUAUUUGGUUAAAUCUCUGCAUUAAUAUCGAACGACUUAAUUAUUUACUUGGUUUACCUAAAUUUUAUGGAAUUUAUAAAUUUUUACAACUUUUACCAAAGUCAAUUAUCGUCAAAGAGUAUCUCUUCAAGUUGUUCAAGGGAUGUUAUUUAAUACUUCCUGAGGAACAUAAAUAUUUUGAUGAAAUCUGUCAAUUAUUAGUUGAAAUCAGUGAUGAUGAUCCAGAGUUAACAACAUUUCUGAAAAAUCAAUAUUCAUUAAUAUUAGUUAAUUCUUCAUCCAGUGAAUUAAUCAGCAAUUUUAGUAUUUCUAAUAAAAUUGAUGCAUACAAUGUGGCUGUAGGAUCAGAAAUAAUUUAUGAUACUCAAUUGGCACCGGAAUUAUUGAAAUUACAUCCAAUUUAUACUCAUGUUUUAUCAUUAUCUGGAAGUGAAGCACUCUUAGUAUUUAACAAAAAUGCGUUUAAGUUAAUUUCUUGUUAUAAAAAAAUUAGUGAUGAACGUACUGAAGAACUAGAAAGAUUGAUUACAUUAAUCAAUAAAAACUUAACUCAAUAUGCAUCUCAGCUUGAAAACAACCAUCAUCAUUACUCAUUAUUCAAAAUUUUAUCAGUAGUUCAAGCUGAGUUGGUUUAUGUACAAGCAGAUGAAACACAGUUUUCAGUGAUAAAAAGCUUAAUAAAAAGUUGUAUAAAUAAAUUAUUAAAAGAUGUAAUGAAAAGUAGGGUAAUUGAUAUUCUUUUGGGAUUAUCAUGUCUACUUAUACUUCCUGAAAGAGAAGCUUUGGAGUCACUUAAAUUUACUAAAGAGCGUCUUCAAUUGGAUCCAUCUCGAGAAAAAAUUCAUUGUAUUAUUGGUUAUCAAUAUUGUGAACUAACAAAAAAUAAUAGCCUUGAUUAUUUUUAUAAUAGAAAAUUAUUACAUACUUGGGCCCAACGACUUGCUCCAUUUGAAAUAUCAUUCAAGGAAGUUGUUCAAAAUGAUAUUAAAAAUAUGGAAAAUAUUCUGGAAAGGAUUAUGAAAUUUAGAGAUCCAAAAAUAAUUGAAUUAUUCAAAGAAUUUUGUUUUGAUUUCCCAUUUGAUUUCAAUGAUUGUUUGUUUAGAUAUUUCAAAACAUUACUCUGCUCUUGGGAACCAAAAUACCAUUUAGAAAUAGCUAAAGAUGGUCAACAAGAGUUCAAAAUAGAUAAUACAGAUGUGAAAGAACUUAAAAGUUUGUGUAAAAAAAUAAUUAGCAAGAUUCAGAGUAAUUCGACUGAAAAUUAUAAGUCAGACUAUUUUAUUAAUCGUAUAAUACCAUUAAUUAAUUUCUAUCACUAUGAGAUUUUGCUUAUUCUUUUAGAACUUUCGGAUGAGAAAAAAAUUGAUCGAAUAAGUUAUUUGUAUUUUCUCCAAAGUUAUACACGUAUUGCUAAACCAACAGACUUAGAAAAAGAAUCUUGGGAGCAUUUUGCUCAAGAUGAUAAUCCUCUUCCAGAAAUAGCUAAAUGGCGUUUACCAUUUCUACCAGAAGUUAAUCAAUAUAAGUUAAUAAGUCCUGAAUUAAAUUUAAGAACUUACGAGAAAUGGUUGACGAUAGCUGGAGUAUUGCAGCUGCCUGCUCAUAACAUCUGUACAAUCGCAGUUAAAAAUGCAGUAUCAGAAACUUGGCCAGAUAAAGAGUGUAUGAAACAGAAUAACACGAAUCAAUGGGCUGUUCAACCAGUCAGCGAUUGCUUAUUACAAGAUAUAAAAAAGUGUUUGAAUCAGUUGAAGGCAACAGAAGAUGCUGAGUAUAAAGCAGCCGCUUGGUAUCAUGUUGUCACUCAUGCUCCUCCAGGUGCUGAUCAAGUAGAAGCUGCUAAAGAAUGUUAUAUUCAUUCCCAGCAGUGGCAAGAGUUAGAUCGAACUAUCACUCCUUCACAUGAAAAGCUCAUAAAAAUUCAUGAAAAAUAUUUCAAAUAUACAUCCAAACAUAUCUUAUAUUCUCAUGGAUUGGGCCAAAAUCAAUAUUUGAAACUGUUAAAAAAUCCAGAGAAGCUAAUUAAAGAGCUGUAUAAUGAUGAAACCAUUCCUCAGAGAUACAAAGGAAUAAUCAAACACCGACCUGAUAUUAAUUCUGCAGUAACUGAACUUGGGAAAGUAUUUACAUUAAAUUUAACAAAAUUACGACUUGAUUUGCUGAAUGAAUGGCUCCAACCGAAGAAUUGGGAUAAUUAUGAUUCAUUUGAUAAUACAAUUAAUGUUUAUCGUGACUCAAAUACUUCAUGUAACGCUUUUGCUAUUGAUGACGAUCUGCUAAAAGCCUGCUAUCUCGUAGAAUCGAGUGAUAAACAGGGCUACAUCAAUCAUUUAAUAACUAUUAGUUUUGAUGAAGAUGAAACUGCUCAAAAACGUUUUAGAGCAUUGCAGAUUAUUCAAGCACAUAUGAAUGAAGCUGAAUUGUUGAAUUAUAUUAAAAGAGAUAAGGAUAGUUUUAAUCAAUACAUGAAAUCAUUGCAAUAUUUAGCUGAGUUGGAAAAAUAUGGGAUUCGCUACAGUAUCACUGGUUUCGAAAACUGUCCGAAACAAAAAUUAGCAGAAAUUUUAGUCAAAAAUCAAUACAGUGUACGUUCUGUCGGAUUAGUUCCAAGAAUUUUUGUUGAUUUUCAUCUAAAUGACUAUAAACUGUUAAACACGGCUCUAGAACGGAUGGUAGAAUAUUCUUUUACGAAUGAAUUGAAAUCAAAUUUAUUAAUCCUUGGAACAAUGGAUGGUAUCGUUGAUUGUCCAGGUUAUAUCACUGCUUGGCAGCUUGUUAUUGACAAUACUUUUUAUGAACUUCAUGCUGAUUCAAACAGUAAUGUUAUCAAUAAAUGUAUUCAUAUGUUGAGAUUACUUCAUACUUGCCGAGUAACUGAUAAAUUGCAAUUUCAUUCAGUUAUCAGUCAUUGUAUUCAAGUUAAACAGUUACAUUUUGCCAUCGUUCUUCUUUCAUAUGUAGAUCCAGUUCACAGGCCUAAUAUUAUACAGGAAAUCAAACAAAAUCUAGAUGAUAAUGAAGUGAAAGAGAAAUUAUCAGAAUUAAGAAACAAAGGAAUUUUAACAACAUUUGAGUUAAUGACAGAGAAUUGAAUUCUCUCGAUUUAAAAGUAAACAUUGUUAUCACGUUUCAUUGGAGAUGGGCAUCCAAGGUUCUUCAUAGUUCUCUAUCAUCAAUGACUUUUCUCGAAGGACUUUCACUUUAUAACCAGUUU